AUGUAUAUAAACGCGGGUCUUUAGAUUUAUCGGAAUGGCGCCUUAUAGGAGGAGUAAGAAACCGCCACCAGAAGGUUGGGAGUUGAUCGAACCAACAAUCGAGGAAUUGAACAGGAAGAUGCGCGAGGCUGAAACUGACCCUCAUGAGGGGAAACGUAAAGUUGAGGCUGAAUGGCCAAUAUUUCGCAUCCAUCAUAAGAGGUCUCGGUUCAUAUAUGACUUGUAUUAUAAACGAAAAGCUAUUUCUAAAGAGCUGUAUGAAUUCUGCAUCAAAGAGAAGAUAGCCGAUGCAAAUCUGAUCGCCAAAUGGAAAAAGCAAGGAUACGAAAACUUAUGUUGUUUAAGGUGCAUCCAAUCGAGAGAUACAAAUUUUGGAACUAAUUGCGUAUGUCGAGUACCAAAGUCAAAGUUAGAAGAAGUAGUGCAAUGUGAGGAUUCCGUUGGAAUGGAUGCAUCCAAAUCAGUCUGGUUAUUUUGGGUCUUCAAUAUCUAGCAGUACAUAAAUGAACAAUAUUUAAGUUCUUCGUUCAAUAUUUCAGUGCUGUUUAUUGAAUUAAGAUGAUAUCGCUCCUCAAAUUUUGAGUAUGAGUGCAUAAUUAUUUCUGGUAAUACAGUAAUCAAUUAUUCACCUAAUGUGUUCGUUGGAUGUACAAUGAGACUUUUGUGUUCGUAAUUUUAUUCUAUUCAGGUACUGAGUUGAUAGAAGUAAAAAUCAUACUCAAUUUUAUGUUUGCUCAACUUAAUAUUGAUAGUUGUUUGUUAGGAGUUUUACGAAUAUAAAACGGCUCAUUGCAUACAAUGAUCUCAUUUCAAGAAAAUCCUCCUCCUAGCUAACAUACAGUUGGAGAAAAACUUACUUGUCUUUGCAACUUUUGAAAAUUUAAGCUGAUAUUUUUACCAAUUUGUUUUAAAUCUCCAGUAUCACUCAUUGUCAUAGUCUUU